GACUUGUUUAAUCAAUAUCACGCCUGACUUCACAAUCGUACUGGUGAAAAAUAACAACUAGCAGAGCAGCAAUAAACAGAGCAAAAUGAAAAUCGAGGAAGUAAAGAGUACUGUGCGCACACAGCGCAUUGCCGCCCACAGCCACGUGAAGGGCCUGGGCCUGGACGAAGCCGGCUCGGCCUUGCAGAGCGCCGCUGGCCUGGUGGGCCAAAAGGCAGCCCGCGAAGCGGCUGGCAUAGUCGUGGACCUGAUCAAGUCGAAGAAGAUGGCCGGACGUGCUCUCCUCCUGGCCGGGCCACCAGGCACUGGAAAGACCGCCAUCGCCCUCGCCAUAGCCCAGGAGCUGGGAAACAAGGUGCCCUUCUGUCCGAUGGUGGGCUCCGAGGUGUUCAGCAAUGAGAUCAAGAAGACGGAGGUGCUCAUGGAGAACUUUCGCCGCUCCAUUGGUUUGCGCAUUCGCGAGACCAAGGAGGUCUACGAGGGCGAGGUGACGGAGCUGACUCCCGUGGAGACGGAGAACCCAAUGGGAGGCUACGGCAAGACCAUCAGCAACGUAGUGAUUGGCCUCAAGACUGCCAAGGGCACCAAGCAGCUGAAGCUGGACCCCAGCAUCUUCGAUGCCCUGCAGAAAGAGAAGGUUGAGGUGGGCGAUGUCAUCUACAUUGAGGCCAAUAGCGGUGCAGUGAAGCGUCAGGGACGCAGCGACACUUUUGCCACAGAGUUCGACCUCGAGACCGAGGAGUAUGUGCCCCUGCCCAAGGGCGAUGUCCACAAGAAGAAGGAGGUCAUACAGGAUGUAACCCUGCACGAUUUGGAUGUGGCCAAUGCCCGUCCCCAGGGCGGCCAGGACGUGCUCUCAAUGGUGGGGCAGCUGAUGAAGCCCAAGAAGACGGAAAUUACAGAUAAGUUGCGCAUGGAGAUCAACAAGGUAGUCAACAAAUACAUCGAUCAGGGCAUUGCGGAGCUGGUGCCUGGAGUUCUGUUCAUCGAUGAGAUUCACAUGCUAGAUCUGGAGACGUUCACUUAUCUACACAAGUCCCUGGAGUCGCCGAUUGCUCCCAUUGUGAUCUUUGCCACCAAUCGGGGACGCUGCGUCAUUCGUGGCACCACCGACAUUGUCUCGCCCCAUGGCAUUCCCUUGGAUCUGCUCGAUCGCUUGCUAAUCAUCCGCACCCUUCUUUACUCCACCUCGGAUAUGGAGCAGAUCAUCAAAUUGCGCGCCCAGACCGAGGGCCUGCAGCUGGAGGACCCGGCCUUUGCACGCCUCAGCGAGAUUGGAACCAGCUCGACGCUGCGCUAUGCCGUCCAGCUGCUGACGCCGGCCCAUCAGAUGUGCAAGGUUAAUGGACGCACUCUGAUCACCAAGGACGACAUUGAGGAUGUGCACUCGCUGUUCCUCGACGCCAAGCGCUCAUCGAAGCAUCUUUCCGAGAAGAAUAACAAGUUUAUGUUGUAAUUUUAUCAUAUCCACAAUAAUUAUGUUUCCAUUUAUACGGAGUUAACAGUAAAACUUAAAUUUAAAUGUUAA